UAUGCUCUCACGAUUCGUCAACAACCAAUGGCCGCACGCUCAUGUGGCUUUGGUGAACGGGAUCGUCGUGUCAUCGAUCCACCACCCAUCGUGGAAGUUAAGGUUGACGAUCCCUUGGCCACGCCCGGCGAUGUUCGUGAAGCGCUUCGCAUCCCUUUCAUGGUCAUGCAUUGCACCAUCUGGGACGAUACCGGUAAGCAGGAUAUCAGCUUCAUGCCGGAGGAGUACCGACAGCAGCGUCGGUUGAUGGGCACUGCGGUUGCAUCUCCCUUCACUGGCCGUGACGAGACCGGCGUAGAGGGUUGCUUCUUCUGCUUUCCUGACUUGUCGGUACGCACGUCGGGCACGUUCAAACUCAAGUUCAUCCUGGUUAUGGCUGAUCCUCUGAUCAACUUCAUUGGUGCCCGCCACCGCAUACGCGCGUCGGCCAUAAGUGAGGUGUUCACGGUCUAUAGCGCCAAGGAUUUUCCAGGUAUGCAGGCCAGCACACCGUUGACCAAGAAAUUGAAAGAACAGGGUUGUCUCAUCUCAAUCAAGAAAGGGAACGAACGAGGAGGUCGAGGUAGAAAUGACAGUGAUGAUGACGAUUCUGACGAUGACAAUGGCGACACCGGUGCAUCUACCGCAGGUCGACGUAAAAAGCAGCGAAAAUAG